AUGGGCGAUUUUAACGAAGUUCGCUACGCCAAUGAAAGAAAAGGAUCCUUGUUCUCGUUUCUGGGUACUAACAGAUUCAACGAUUUUAUCCGAGACUCGGGGCUUAUUGAAGUUAGGAGCGGUGGAAGGAAAUUUACUAGGAUGAGCGCUGACGGGAUGAAACACAGUAAACUAGACAGGUAUCUUGUCUCUUCCAAUUUCCUAUCUCAGUGGCCCAUGCCGAGUGCUGAGAUUCUUCCUCGCUAUCUCUCGGACCAUUGCCCUAUUCUCUUUAGAUCCGACAAGGUCGAUUUUGAUCCUACUUACUUUAAGUUUUUCAAUUCGUGGCUUGGUCAACCUGAUUUCAAUCUACUGGUCUGUGACUCAUGGAACUCCUCCCCUUCACCCAUCUACUGCCCGCCUAUCAAAUUCUUUAUGAGUAAACUUAAGAAUCUGAAGCUACGAAUUAAAUCUUGGAAGAUAGGAGUGAACAAAGAUAAGACGGAACAGGAGAACUCCUUGAAAAGGUCGUUGGAUUCCUUUGAUAUCAAGGUGGAAAACACCACUCUCUCGAUGGAAGAGAUCUCUUCGAGAAAGGACAUUUUGAUGAAAAUUAAAGCUAUGGAAGAGAAUAAAGUGAAAGAACUCAAGCAGAAAGCGCGUCUUAGAUGGGUAGUGGACGGGGAGGAAAACUCGAGUUUCUUUCACGGGAUUGUCAAUGCUAACAGAAGGAGUAAUUUCAUCCAUGGCAUAUCCUCCAAUGGGGUCUGGGUCACGGAUCCUUCCGAAGUCAAACAAGAGGCCUUCAAUUUCUUCUCAGAGAGAUUUCGAUCCAGGUCUGUCAUUCGACCCCCUUUCUUGUGCAAUAAUUUUAAACAUCUUUCUCCGGAACAGGCGAGCUCUCUUGAAUCAAACAUUUCCCUGGAGGAAUUCAGAAAGCCAUUUGGGAAUGUGGAACAGACAAGGCUCCUGGGCCUGAUGGAUUCUCUUUUGCGUUCAUUCGAUCACAGUGGGAUGUCAUCAAGGAAGACUUAUUUCGGGCCGUCAAAUAUUUUAAGUCCACUGCCUCCAUAG